AACUGGGAGAGGGGAGGGGGGAAACGUGUUUUCUUCUUCCUUCCUUCCCUCCUUUUUUUCCUGCGACGCUCGUUCGCACUCCACCACAGAGCAAGAAAGAGAGAAAGCGGGGCAGAGCCAGAGCGCCGAGGUUUGGGAGUUUUUUGGCGAUGCAGCACGCUCGCAAACUCUGACUCCAAACACUCGACAUGCGGCGAAUCUGCUGUUUCCUGUCACUGUCCUGCUCCUUCAUCUUCUUCUUCACCUCUCUUCUGCCAGCCGAUGGACAGACAGCAGGAGGAGGAGCAAGAGGAGGGGGAGGAGUAGAGACGAUCCAGGUGAUGUUCACGCCGACCAUCUGCAAGGUGCGCUGUAGCCAGGACCGAUGUGUCAACUACUGCGAGAGAGGCAACGUGACGACACUGUACAGCGGCGGCGAAGGAGGAGGAAGGAGAGACGGCUCCCACGGACCGGGCUUCAGAGUCUUCCUCUGUCCUCUGCUCUGUAAGAACGGCGGAGUCUGUCUGCAGAAGGACCGCUGCCUGUGCCCGCCAAACUUCACCGGGAAGUUCUGCCAGGUCCCCGUCACACCCACAGACUCCUCUGCAGCCUUCACCAAUGAGAUCGUCAAGCCCGUUCUCCUCUCUUCCAUGGCAUCCAAUCAGGAGCUGGUUCGGUCCGAGUUCCUGCUGCCGCUAGGACGGGACGCAGAGACGAUGACUGCUGGAGCCCCCAGCGGGCCCUUGGUGAAGGUCAGAGUUCAGCACCCCCCUGAGGCCAACGUGAAGGUCCACCAGGUGAAGGUGUCUGGAUUCACUCCCACCCUGCGGACGCUCUCUUCCUCCUCCUCCUCAGGGUCAGCGGGUGCUCCGGCUCCUGCUGGCAGCAGAGUCCUGGCCCAGACUGUGAGGGGGGACAGCGUCUACACCCAGCAGUCCGGCUUUAAGUACUGCUUCAGAGAGGUUAAAGACGGACAGUGCAGCUCUCCUCUUCCUGGCCUUCGGAGCAAGGAAAUGUGCUGCAGAGGGAUCGGAAAGGCCUGGGGCAUCGAUGACUGUGUCAUCUGUCCUGAGAAUACAGGUCAGAGCGAUGCCAGCUGUCCAGUUGGGUUUGAGCGAGCCAAUGGAACGCAGUGUGUCGACGUGAAUGAGUGCCUGCAGCCGGGGCUGUGUGAGAACGGCAUCUGUGUGAACACCAGGGGGAGCUAUAGCUGUGUGUGCAGGCUGGGGUUCAUCCUCGACGCCUCACAUGGGAUCUGCAUCUCCCAGAGUGUCAUAUCUGAGGAAAAGGGUCAGUGUUACCGGGUCCUGGGUUCAGGUCUGGGUCCGUCCUCCUGCUCCCUGCCUAUCCUCAAAAGCAUCACCAAGCAGAUCUGCUGCUGCAGCCGGGUCGGCAAAGCCUGGGGACCCGACUGCCAGAGGUGUCCGUACUUCGGUUCAGUGGCCUUUAAGGAGAUCUGUCCCGCUGGUCCUGGUUACCAAUACUCGCCUUCAACUCUUAAAUUCAACCAGAGAGUCAGCGAACUGGAGGGGGGCGGCGGAGCUGUGCUGGUAAACGGCAGCAACAAGGACAACCAAGGUCCUGUUUCUGGGUCCAGGUCUCCACUGAAACCCCCUCCCUCUGGUGGGGUGAGUACUUCGAGUGCCACAGGAGCUGGGACCAGACCCAGCCCUCCCCAGCCUCAACCUCAGCCCCACCCAGGCGCAGGCUUUCCUGCCUCCUCCUCCUCCUCUUCGUCCUCAUCCAGGCCUGUGCAGCCUGGCAGUGCUGGCACCUCGGCCACACAGGGCAGAACCCGGCCUUCACAGAGCCGACCUGAUUCAACACAACUGAGACCUCAGCCUCCGUCUGCCGGGAGCCAAGCAGCUGAUCGUUUCUCUUCGGUGCAUCGGGCCGAUCCACCGCCAUCCAGAGGGGACUCCCUCCCCGCUCCGGGCCAGCCGCAGAGCCCCGAGCGUGGGUCGAGACCCAGCGAAGACCUCCCUCUGGAAGCCAGACCGCCUGUGAGCCCGACGCCCCCCAGAGUUCAGACAGUACGAGGCGUGUGUGAGAGCAGGCCGGGUGUGUGUGGCCGCGGCCGCUGUGUGGAUCAGCCAGGUGGGAAACACACCUGUGUGUGCGAUCUGGGCUUCCAGCUCAGCUCGCAGCGCACACACUGCCAAGAUGUGAACGAGUGUCUGCAGUCUCCAGCUGUGUGUUCGGUGGGAGAGUGUGUGAACAGCAUUGGAAGCUACAGAUGUGCGUGUCCAUCUGGAUACAGAAGCAACAGCCAGCAGACCAGUUGCCAAGACAUCGACGAGUGCCAGCAGAAUCCCUGCGUUAACGGUCGCUGUGACAACACGGCGGGCAGCUACAGGUGCAUCUGUCGGCUUGGUUACAGGCUCGUUGGCAACACCUGCACAGACGUGGAUGAGUGUGCCGACCCUCUGCAGUGUCCGGGUCAGGAGUGUGUGAACACUCCGGGCUCGUUCCGCUGUGUUUCCUGCCCGCCGGGACACGGACUGCUCAACAACGUCUGCAGAGACGUCAACGAGUGUCGUCAGAAUCCCUGCUCCAACGGCCGCUGUGAAAACACGCCAGGGAGCUACCGCUGUGUCUGUCACCAUGGUUACAAGCUCCAGAACAACACCUGCACAGAUGUGGAUGAGUGUGCAGAGCCAUCUCAGUGUCCCGGGCAGAUGUGUGUGAACUCUGUGGGCUCGUACAGAUGUGUGUCCUGCAGAGCAGGAUUCAGACUGACCGACAGACAGUGCACAGAUAUAAACGAGUGUGAGGACGGCGACUCCUGUCCCGGUCAGCGGUGUGUGAACACUGAAGGCUCCUACAGGUGUGUGGACUGUCGGCAGGGAUACCACAGCGUGGAUGGAGUGUGUACAGACAUAGACGAGUGUGCGAGCGGCAGGGCGUGUGAGGCAGAGCGGGUCUGUGUGAAUACCGUCGGCUCAUUCAGGUGCGACUGUGCCCCCGGGUAUCGAACCUCCGGCCUGGGAAGGCAGUGUAGAGACAUUAACGAGUGUUUGGAAGGAGAUUUCUGUUUCUCCAGAGGAGAGUGUGUGAACACGCCUGGAUCCUACACGUGUGUGUGCUCGCAGGGAUUCACGCUGAGUGAGAACCGGACGGCCUGCCUCGACGUGGACGAGUGUGUGAAGGCGGGGGUGUGUUCGGACGGUCGCUGUGUGAACACCGAAGGCUCGUUCCAGUGCGAAUGUCAAAUUGGCUUCACCACCAACCCCGAGGGGACUGCCUGCCUUGAUGUUGAUGAAUGCGUCUUGUCCGGUGGUUCCAUUUGCGGGUCACAGCGAUGUGAGAACACCAUUGGUUCCUACAGCUGCCUCACUAACUGUGAGCCAGGCUACAAGGUGAACCACGCUGGGAUCUGUGAAGAUAUUAAUGAAUGUGCCAACACGACAGUGUGCGGCGCCAACGCCUACUGUCAGAAUCUGUUUGGAACUUACCGCUGUGUUUGUGACCAAGGGUUCACCUCCAGCGCCGAUGGAAAGACCUGUGUGGAUGUGGAUGAGUGUGUGUCUCUGCCGGGUGUGUGUGGCUCAGCUCGUUGUGAGAACGUCGAGGGGUCCUUCAUGUGUGAAUGUGACCAGGCAGGUCAAAGCUACGACACGGCGGCUAGACAGUGCGUCCACGCUGCAGCUCUAGAAACAGACUCAGUCCGUGCCCGCCAAUCCUCUACCACCACCACCUCCUCCUCCUCUUUUCUCGCCAGUGUGGUGGAGCUGUCUCCGAUGCUGCUGCCCCUUCCUCAGGCUCACCCUGGCGAGCUGAGGGAGUGUUAUUACAACCUGGCAGAGCGGGGAACCUGCAGCCUGCUGGCCACCAACACCACCCAGCAGGAGUGCUGCUGCACACUGGGGCAAGGCUGGGGGCUGGGCUGCCAGUACCACCCCUGCCCUACAGCAUACACAGCUGAGUUUCUAACUCUGUGUCCCAGUGGGAAUGGAUAUGUUACAGAAGGACCAGGAGCCUUCAGCUACAGAGAUGUGGAUGAGUGUAAGCGUUUCCAUCCAGAGGUGUGUAAGAAUGGCGUGUGUGUCAACAACAUCCCGGGAUACAGCUGCUACUGCUCCAGCGGAUACGUUUACAACAGCACGCUGCUGGAGUGUGUUGAUCACGAUGAGUGUGAAGAGGAGAGCUGUGUGGGAGGGAUUUGUGUGAACACAGUAGGUUCGUAUUACUGCAGCUGUCAGCCUCCUCUGGUCCUCGACGACACCCAACGAAACUGUGUCAACUCCUCCGACCUCAAUGAGGAUGAGAACCUGUCCCUAUGCUGGCAGCACGUGACGGCAGGCCUGAUGUGUCAGAGCGCUCUGCUGGGAGCUCAGGUCACCUUCACAGACUGCUGCUGUCUGUACGGGCAGGGCUGGGGGAUGAGCUGCGCUCUCUGUCCUGCCACCGACACAGCGGAGUAUGCCAGUAUGUGCAGUUCGUUCCCUCCUACACCUCUUUUCCCGGCGACUUAUCCGGACUCAGAAACGGAAGCAGGUCGAAGACGAGGGAGUGCUUCUCCAAACCUGCCUCCUUAUGGACUCGACUACUUCCCUGAGAUUCCCAGCAGAGACUACGGUCACUCUGACUAUGACGAUUACUCUCCAGCAGAGGGCAGCAGGUCAGGCUUCAGAGGGAGCCUGCCAGAUGAAACGUAUCGUAGGCCUGAGUACAGCACUGGAUACUACUCCGAGGGAGACUACGGGCCUCCUGACAGCUCCCAGUCCAGACCGCCUCCCUUCCGCAUUCCUCCAGACCCACGAGCUGACAUUGGGUUUGGAGUCCAGCCCGACAGUCCUCCUCUCAGCCUGGCACCGCUGCCUGGAGGUCGCUACGAGGAGACAGAGGAGGAAGCGGAGGACAGGGCGUGGAGGCCGGGGCCGCCCUUCCCUCCUUUCACCGACAGGAGCGGAGGAGGAGGAGUACCGAGGAGGCUGUAUGAGAGGCGUUACGAGUCGUACGCCAGCCUGAGCACAGCUGAGGAUUGUGGGAUACUGCAUGGCUGUGAGAACGGCAGGUGCAUUCGUGUUGCAGAGGGUUACACCUGCGACUGUUACCAAGGAUACGAGCUAGACAUGACCACUAUGACCUGCAUAGAUGUAAAUGAGUGUGAGGACAGCGUCAGGCUUGAGUUCCCGUGCGUGAACGCUCGCUGCGUGAACACCGACGGCUCGUACCGCUGCGUCUGCAGGAGAGGAUACGUCAUGUCUCGCAGAACGAACCACUGCGUGGCUGCUUAGAGGGGACUGCGCUGGACUGGGAUCCAGUAGGCCAGUGCGCAGACUGGACUUGAUGGGCAGACUGGCUCAGGCUUUAUUAUUCUCCAGAUUAGACAAACUAGACUUGACCAGGCGAGAAUAGACUGGACACCAAAAGACUCUAGAUUGCACUAAACUGGGCAAAGCUAGACUGGGUUAGCCUGAACAACACAGGGCGAGAUCUGAUUAGAGAGCAACUCAUCGUCCUGGUUUUGCCUGAACACACUUCACUAAUGCCUCCACAAUCCAGACCUAAAUACACCCUCCAUUUGUUCACCUCACCUGUGUUGCAGGUGGAUUGUGUUUGUUUUUCCUUAACUGGGCAGGUAGGAAUCAGACAUGUGGUAGUUUGGUUGGACCUGAGUGGUGAUAAAAGCAACGAUAAAUCAGUGUGUCUGUUAGUAAGAGCCCAGUGUGGUUGCUGUAAAACACCUAGUUGCCUCAAAUUGUGUGUAAUUCAGUCAGAGUUCAUACAUAAACAUAAACCUGAGCAGAUCAACAUGGCAUCAUCUCAAAGCCCCGUAGGAAGCCAGGAUUAUACUUGGAUUUCAGGUUUAGGGAACAAAAGGUUUAGCCUAAAAGGGACCCAUCAUUAUUAUUAUUGUUAUUAUUAUUAUUACUUUUAUCUACAUUUUUAUUCCUGGACUCCAUCAGAGUAGCUUUACAUGACACACAGUGGCACAUUAAUCUUCCUCUAAUCGACACGAGCCAAUUAUGUUUCUGUCUCUUUAAGGCCCCCCUCCCUAAAAGCCCACAUUCUUCUGAUUGGCCAGCUUCUGGAAGCCUGUUGGGGAGCAGCUCCCAGUGAUUCUGGCUUGUACUUCCUUUAUUCUGUUAGCGGACUCACUGUCGAAGCUUUUGUUUCCCUCUGUAUUUGAAACUCUAACUUGUCACAGGAAACAGAAUUCGUCUCCUUUAAUGUUCAAAUGUUUGUAGCUGAUUUAUGAAUGGGUGGUGCAGCCCACUCCACAGUCCUCUAAAGAGUGUGGGAGUUGAAUGUUCCAAUCAGACUAAAGAGUUGAUUAAAGUUAACGACUCGUACCUCCUUGAAGCAUCGUGCCCAGUCUGACCCAGUCUAGCCCUGUUUGACCCCGUUUCAUUUAAAGCACUACACAAGGAACCAAGCUGCACCCAAAGCUCACCAAUACGGUCACUGGUCACUUUAUUAGGUACACCUCUGCAGUAACAGGUUGGACGCCCUUUUUCCUGUUUUAAUUCUUCAUGUCUCAACAUUCCUGUAAGAUUUUGGUCCAUAUUGACCUGACAUCAUCAUGACAUCAUCCCAAAGCUGCUGCAGAUUUGUCAUGUCCAAGAUGGGUUGGACAUGGUCAGCAACAACACUUAGGUAGGCUGUGGGGUUUAAACGAUGCCACCACACCAGCAGCUUCAGAGGUGCUCUUCUGUAUACACGGCUCUGUAACAAGCAGCUGUUUGAGUUAUUGUUGCCUUCAUAUCAUCCUCCCCUGACCUCAACAAGUCAUUUUCUCCCAGAGAACUGCUGCUCACUGGAUAUUUCCUCUUUUUCAGACCGUUCCCUGUAAACACAGAGAUGGUUGGUGGGAAAAUCCCAGUUACAGCAGUUUCUGAAACACUCAGACCAACAACAACACAGCACCCGUGUUACCCAUUCUGAUGCACAGUUUGAACUUUAGCAGGUCGCCUCGACCACAUCUUUGCACACUGGGUUAAGCCGUGUGAUUGGCUGAUAAGACAUUUGAGCUAACGAGCAGUUAAACAGGUGUACCUAAUAAAGUGAGAGAUGAAUGUAGGUUUUCCAUGACACACUGUCAGGAUGUGGUCAUCCUGUAGGUGAAGAAAUGCUUUAUGUAUGUUUGCUUUGUUUAACCAGCAGAUUUGUGAAGCUCAGAUAAGUCUUUACAGACGUAAUCAUCAGCUUUAUUUAUACAGCUAGCUCUGGUGUGUUACAGUAAAAGAAAUUAAAGUAGAACGAUGUGUUCAAUGAAACUGAGAUUAAAAAGGAGUAAAUGUAUUUAACAUAUGCAUUCAUAAAAUGACCAGCCUCAGUUCUUAGCUUAUUAGCAUGAGCCUAAAUGUGUUAAUGUAUUUGUAUGGGCAAAGUUAAAGCUAGUACACUCACUAUGUGCUACAGUCAAAGCUAGCGUAAGCUAAAGUUAUGCUAAUUAAAGACUUUAAAUGUUAGCUAUCAACCACUAGCUAAUAUUUUCUCCCAAAAGUUAUUGCAAUAUUUAAAUUAAUAUUCAACACACCUAAUAAGCUUACUAAUGAGCUAUUAGCUUGAAAAAUGUUAAUACACGUGUGCACAUUAGCUAUUAGCACACUACCGAAUGAAGAAGCAGGGAGUUUUAGUGUGACGCACUGUUCUACUUCAAAAUAAUUUUCUGUGUAGUCGCAAAAAUACUGACGCAACAGUUUUAGAAGACUGCAGUUAAUUCUUUUAAUUGAAUAUUUGUUUAUUUUCUGGCUAUGUUUGCUAGCUAGUGAUCUGUUAGCUGCAGGAUAAUAGGGUAGUUUUUUUCUCUACUAGAUAUUGUUUAUUGAAAUACCAUGGCAACGGGUUCACAGUCCCCUAGUUUGUGCCUUUUAAUUGGUGAUUUAUAUUUUAUGGUAACAUGUAUUAACUUUUGAUAUGUUAGACGAGAUCGAAAAAAACUAACUUCGAACAGAAAUUAUUUUUUGUACUGAAAGUUGUUUAUUUACCAAAGUACUAACAUACUGAGUCAGAAUUCCCAGAGUUUGUUUACUAUAAUUAUCAAAGUAAAUAUUCUGUCAGCCUUUUAGCAGCGAGUGGACUGUUAACUGUUAGCUCAAGAGCUAAUUUAUAAGCUAAGCUUCCCAACAGUUUCACAAAUGAUAUUCUUUUGAAAUUCACAUAUGUACAAAAUGUCACAGAAAAUCUCCUUUGUGAACAGACAUUCCUAACUUUAAAUAUUAGGACAGCUAUAUGUUGUUCUUUAGUACGGAAGAGGAAUAGGGCCACUGUUUUUAAAAAAAAAAAAAAAAAGGGCACGUCUUUCUUUUUCUUUUCUAGUAUUCUGAGAAAAAAGAAUUCUAACUUUUUCGUGAGAAUAAUCUUUAAAAACUUUAAUUUCUUUAACUUUAUUCUCUUUAAUCACUUUAAUUCUGAGAUUAAGUCAGAAUUCUGACAAAAAAAUUUGUUUUUUCUCAGUUUUUCCUCAGAAUUCUAGAAAAGAAAGAAACAGGACGUGCCCAUUUUUUUUCCCAGUGUCCCUAAUCCUCUUCCGUACAUUUCAGACUGUGCAUUAAAAUAUUGGCUUUAAUCUGAGCAGGUUUAUAUCACUGUAAAAAUAUCUGCUAUCUUUUUCUAACUUUUAGAUAUCAGUGAUCAUCUGAUUCACAGUCUGAUUCUAUUUAUUUGUCUUCAUGUCAUCAAAUCUCAGGUGCGGCUCCGAACAUGUCACAUCUGAUCGACACAAAUUUUGGGGUUUUUUUGUGACAGUGUGAUUUUCAAAUACAUUUAUUUGAAUUGGAAUUAUGUUUCGAUAACCUAGAAAGUGAUGUUUACAGGCAUGUGAAACAUUAUAGCUUAACCAAACCGUGUCUUUAUAAAAAAUGUAUUUCUGUGUAAAAAUAAUAGAAAAGUAGAAACGGUGGUUUCGUGUGAUGUUCUGCCUCUAGCCUCAAGUUAAAACCUGCCUGCUAAUACAGAGUCUCACUAAACUUAACGCACAUUAAUAUCAGCAGAUACAUUUCAAAUUGCCGAGAACUGCUGAGAAUGCGGCCAGACUUUAGGUUGAACCUGUUUGUGGGAAUUUUAAGUUUAAACUAACGUUUGUAAAGUCAGAUGACUUUUUGAAAUACUAGCUGUUUUGCUGAAUUACUGACAUGUCUGUAUUUUUGUGUUUUCCAGAACAUGAAUAGAAACUUUAUGCAGUUUCCACUCCUGAAUAUACUGGAAGCUGUGCUCACUCAUAUUGUGUAUAUAAUAAUUCACCUGCUCACUGAAUAAUCUUUAUUUUGACCAUAAUAUUUCUGGCCUGUAAGAGAACGUGUUGUGUUUUAUUAACCUCUCGAUGAAGUUAACGUGUUGAAGCGUAGCAUGAUGAACUUCCUGUUUCCUGUCUCCAAGUAUACCAUGCACUGUUCCACGUUUAUGCUCACGUGGCACGUUUUGUACAUUUUGGUCUCUGAUGUUUGUUCAAUUGUUAACUUUGCUAAUGAUUCACACUUUUAUCACUGUUUUAUGACAUGAAAUGAAAAUAUAUUUGCACAUGUUUAUUAAAACCUGCGUCCGUG